AUGGAUCAAAAGUUCAAGUUUUCCCCAAGCGUCUUUGGUUCUGCGGGAACUGUGGAGCAAUCGUCGUAUGCAUUGAAGGCAGUUUCCAAAGGCAGCACUUCAGUGGGCAUCGUCGCAUCAGAAGGCGUCGUCAUUGGCACCGCAACGCGAAAGACUUCGGAACUGAUGGAGCCGCGCGGCAUGCCACACGUGGCCCCAAUAAACACUAUGAUAGGAAUGGCCUAUUCUGGAUUGAGUGGCGACUUUCGAAUUCUCAAAAAUCACGCCCAGAGAUGUUCCAUCCAGAAUAACCUGAGCAAUGGCUCUGCGGUCAAAGUGAAGGAAGUGGCGCAUUGCAUGGCCAUCCUCAUGCAGGAAUACACACAAAUGGCGAGCGCGCGACCCUUUGGAGUCUCUCUACUGAUCGCCGGCUGUGACAAGGGGGUGCCGCAUCUGUACGAUUGUAGUGCCAACGGUACCCACUCGAACAGAAAGGCCAUUGCCCUGGGCCGUAAUGCAGGCAUAUGUACAAGCUUCUUGGAGAACCGCUUCACUGAGAGUCUCAAGAUAGAAGAUGCCAUUGAUACUGCACUGCUGGCUUUAAAAAAAGGAUAUGAGGAGAAGGAGGCGGAGCUGAAGGAGGGUGACGGUGAUGACGAAGAGGAGGAUCCCAUGCCUACCGAAGUCAUCCAAAUUGGCAUUGCCUAUCCGGAGGGUUUCGAGUGUAUGGACUCUAAUACUGUCGAUGAGUUCUAUGCCACCUCUACCUACCUUGACUAACAAUACUUCAUUUUCAUUUUGUUUUAAAUGCAACAUUACAACAAUAAAUAAAUAACAC